AUGGCAAGAUGCUACAUUCUUGCCUCUAUGAAAAAUGUGUUGCAGCAUCAAUAUCAGUCCAUGACUACUGCUUACAAUAUGCUUGAAUCUCUCAAAGAGAUGUUCGGAGAGCAAAAUCGUCCGAUAAAGCAGAUGUCCAUGAAAGCUCUUUUGACCACAAAAAUGGUUGAAGUAACUUCGAUAAGGGAACAUGUUCUUAAAAUAAUGAGUCUAUUGAACGAGCUGGAAAUUCUUGGUGCGGUUAUUGAUAAGGAGUCUCAGGUUGAGAUGGUCCUACAGACUCUUUCAGAUAGUUUUCAGCAGUUUUGCUUGAAUUAUAACAUGAAUAAGAUGGACUUAUCUCUUAUGAAACUGUUGAAUGAGCUGUAA